AUGUUGUCGUCGUCCAGCGCGGCGCUCCGGCGCAACAACUCGUUCUUCGAGUCCACCCCCAAGGUGCAGUACCCGACGCAGGCGUCAGACUACCGCCUGAUGGAGGAGAUCGGCCGCGGCGUGAGCGCCAAGGUUUACCGCGCGGAGUGCGUUCCCCUGAACAACGAGCAGGUGGCGGUCAAGAAGCUGGACCUCGAGGAUCAGGAUCCGGGGCACCUCGAGGAGAUCCGCCGGGAGGUUGCGUCCAUGAGCAUGCUCUCGCACCCCAACCUCGUCAUGGCGCACUGCUCCUUCGUCGAGGGCCAGUACCUGUGGAUCGUCAUGCCCUUCUGCGGAGGAGGGAGCGCGCUGAACAUCAUGAAGUGGUCGCACCCCAAGGGCCUGGACGAGACCUCCAUCGCCACGAUCCUCAAAGAGGUGCUCAAGGCGCUCGACUACUUCCACCGCAACGGCAACAUUCACCGCGACGUCAAGGCGGGUAACAUACUCAUCGACGACAACGGCUCGGUCAAGAUCGGCGACUUCGGCGUCUCGGCCGCGUCCUGGGGCUCCGGCGCCAAGCCCCACGCCACCUUCGUGGGCACCCCGUGUUGGAUGGCGCCAGAGGUGAUGGAGCAGGUGAACGGGUACGACUGGCACGCGGACAUCUGGUCGCUGGGCAUCACGGUGCUCGAGCUGUGCCACGGCCACGCGCCGUUCGCCAAGUAUCCCCCGAUGAAGGUCCUGCUGAUGACGCUGCAGAACCCGCCGCCGCAGCUCGAGGCGGAGCAGGCGGAGAGCGGCCACCACUUCUCGAGGGCGCUCAGAGAUUUCGUCUCGAUAUGUCUGCAGAAGGACCCGUCCAAGCGACCGAGCGCCGCCAAGCUCCUCGAGCACAAGUUCCUGAAGGAGGCCAAGAAGCCCGACUUCCUCGUCAAGCACCUGCUCGACGGCAUACCCACCCUCGGGGACAGGACCGCGAAGCUCAACGAACGCGAGAAGGCGAGGCAGGCGCAGCGAGCCGCCGCCGUCGCCGCGGGGGGGCUCUCGUCCGCGCCGUCCACCGAGGCUGCCGAGGAGAAGCGAUCGAACGCCGAGUACCUCAAGGGGGUCUCCCGCUGGGACUUCGACAUGGACGCCAUCCGCGCCGAGGCUGCGGCGAUGACCCUGGACGACGAUAA